AUGCCAUCCACCUCUGCGAGACAACCUCUCACCCAAAAAGAGAUCAUCAAUCAGGAAUAUGAAAAGGAAAUUUUCAGUGAAAAGAGUUUACAAAUGAAGCAAUAUUUGGUGUUUGACUCAUCUUUGGAUCCACCAGCAAUGUUUUCACAAUAUUUUGGAAUUAUAAAACCUAAAGGAGUGAGAUAUUGGAAGGACUUCUUUAAUGAAAAGUUGCCAGAAAAGCCACGAUUUUACAUUGACACUAAGGACAGAGCAUGUUUACUCGUUUCUAUUGAGCAUGAUAGCGUGACAGAAGUUAUUGAUUUUAUGCUUUCUAUUAUUAACAACGGCUCAAAUCAUGAUUACAAAUUCGAAAAGUACAUCACACAAGGUAACGCAGCCAGCCGAUCCUUGGGAAUCAAGAUUCGGGAUCAAGUUUUCGUAUUAAGGGUCAUAAAGCCAGCUGAUUUGCAAUAA